AUGAAGAAAAGCAGGAGUGAGCUGGAGGUAACGCCAGGAGAUGAGAGUAAGGAUCCUCCGUUGGGGCAGUUUUCAACCGUCAGCACCUUGGGGGUGGAGCUGCACAGGGUCCACAGGCGUUUCUCCGGCAACCUUCAGCUUCCCCCGUUGUCAUGGAGACAGGCGGAGAGGGAGAGGGAGAGGGGUAGGCCGCUGACGCCGGAGGAGAAUCCAGUGACCCGGACCAGACCAACAAGUCUCCCCAUUGUCACUUUGCCUCGCAUUGACAUCACACAUGCUGACCCAGACAGCUUUGAAGUGGAGAAUGGCCCUUCAAGGUGCUGUAGCCCUUCAGAACCCCCAGCGUCUCCAGGUUCAGGCCUGGUUUUGCAUCCCAACCUGGCGGGUCAAAGCCAGCGCCGAGAGUCCUUCCUCUACCGCUCUGACAGCGACUAUGAGCUCUCGCCCAAGUCUAUGUCCCGCAACUCCUCCAUUGUCGGAGAACUGCAUGGAGAAGACUUAAUUGUUACUCCGUUUGCCCAGGUUCUGGCAAGUCUUCACACUGUCAGGAACAACAUCACCACCUUGACAAAUGUACAGUGUACUUCCAACAAGAGAUCUCCUGCUGCAAGUCAGCCUUCUGUCACCAAAGUAUGCCUAUCAGACGAGUCCUACCAGAAGCUGGCUAUGGAAACCAUGGAGGAACUGGACUGGUGUCUGGACCAGCUGGAGACUAUCCAGACCUACCGUUCCGUCAGCGACAUGGCCUCCAACAAGUUCAAGAGGAUGCUGAACCGGGAGCUCAGCCACCUGUCUGAGAUGAGUCGCUCUGGCAACCAAGUGUCAGAGUACAUCUCCAACACCUUCCUCGACAAGCAGAAUGAGUUGGAGUUGCCAUGCCCGGUGUCCAAGUCCAGAGAGAGGAAGAGGAGGCAGGGGCAGCAUGCAGGACAGCAGGUGCAGCCGCAGCAGCAGCAGGGUGGCAUGAUGACUCAGAUUAGUGGAGUCAGAAAGGUCCAUCACACCCCGGGCCUGUCCGGCUGCACUGUCAACCGCUUUGGGGUCAAGACUGACCAGGAGGAGCUGCUGUCUAAGGACCUGGAGGACAUUAAUAAAUGGGGCCUGAAUAUCUUCAGGGUGGCAGAGCACUCACACAACCGACCCCUCACAUGCGUCAUGUACGCCAUCUUUCAGGAGCGAGACCUGAUGAGGACGUUCAAGAUUCCAGCGGACACCUUUGUGACGUUCAUGCUGACCCUGGAGGACCACUAUCACUCCGACGUGGCCUACCACAACAGCCUGCACGCCGCUGACGUAGCCCAGUCCACACACAUCCUACUGUCCACCCCCGCUCUGGAUGCGGUCUUCACCGACCUGGAGAUCUUGGCAGCCAUUUUUGCUGCUGCCAUCCAUGACGUGGACCAUCCGGGAGUUUCCAACCAGUUCCUCAUUAACACUAACUCGGAGCUGGCUCUGAUGUACAAUGAUGAGUCAGUGCUGGAGAACCACCAUCUGGCUGUGGGCUUCAAGCUGCUGCAGGAGGAGAACUGUGAUAUCUUCCAGAAUCUCACCAAGAAACAAAGGCAGACGCUAAGGAGGAUGGUCAUUGACAUGGUAUUGGCCACAGACAUGUCUAAGCACAUGAGCUUGCUGGCUGACCUGAAGACCAUGGUGGAAACCAAGAAGCUGACCAGCUCUGGAGUUCUUUUACUGGACAACUAUACAGACAGGAUGCAGGUUCUCCGCAACAUGGUUCACUGUGCUGACCUAAGCAACCCCACCAAGUCUCUGGAUCUGUACCGGCAGUGGACAGACAGGAUCAUGGAUGAGUUCUUCCACCAGGGAGACAGAGAGAGGGAGAGAGGAAUGGAAAUCAGCCCGAUGUGUGACAAACAUACUGCCUCCGUGGAAAGGACACAGGUGGGCUUCAUCGAUUACAUAGUCCAUCCUCUGUGGGAGACAUGGGCUGACCUGGUCCACCCCGAUGCCCAGGACAUACUGGACACACUGGAGGACAACAGGAACUGGUACCAGAGCAUGAUUCCCCAAAGCCCCUCGCCCCCCUUCUACACCAGUGACGGGGAGGGUGGCAGACAUGGGGCUGAAGAGGGGGGGCAGGGGGGGAGUAAGUUCCAAUUCGAACUUACGCUGGAAGAGCAGCAUGGACAGGAUAAAGACGGGGAGGUGGGGAUGAUGGAGACAGCGGGUGGAUGUGAUGACGGCACACUCCAGGAUCAUCCCUGCGAUCGGGGCGGUGUAGAAACAGCCACACGCGGAGUCUCCCCGGCCGAGACAUAGCUGAACCCCAGGUGUCUGUCUGAGUGCAGCAGGUUUCGCUGUUUUGGGUGAAUUAAUUUAAUUGCAGUGGAGCAAUCCUGCAAUCUGGCUCUUUGGUGCUGUCUGGCCAAGAGGGUCUGACUGACUGUAGGCCCACCCUGAAGAAGAGGGUUGGAAACCCUACGGCAGUUUUGUUUUUGAGCCCUCGAAAUGAAGGAGGAAGAAGAGUGUUGCCUUGACAACUCUAUAAGGAAGGGACUACUGUUGAACUGCAGAGGCAGUGAUUCUCACAGAUAAUGAAGGUGACGUGAAAGGAAGCUAUAUCCAAGUGUACUGGGACACGUUAAGAACUUGAACUUGCACUCCCGGACAUUUUCUAUGUUCAUUUUGACUUUGUAUCGUAUUGGGAUUGGAUGCCACCAGGGAAAGUGUCCAUCCAAACUACUGGUCAACAUGUAUUUGUAGUAGUUUACUUUUCUAAGUUUACUUUUCUAACACUUGUCUAAAGACGUUGUGUGCCUUUUUUUACAGCGGUGUCUUUUGUAAGUGUUUUUAUAAUUUAUUGAGCACAUUCAUGUAGAUGUGAAAUGUGUUUUCUACAAAAAAUAAUCUAUUUGUCUCACACAGUCUUCCUGAUGUUCUGGCAAUAGUAUAUAAGCUUGUUCUCACAAAAGUGAUCAGUGGAUAAAUCCCUAAAAUCAUUUGACUUCCCAGCACAAUUUGCACUUUGUGACAUAGGACAAAGAGAGUAUAUGAGGCAUCGGUUAGUUUCCAAAAUCACAAGACAAUAUGUUAAACAUAUAAGCCAAAUAUUCUAUACAGUGUGUGUGUGUGUGUGUGUGUGUGUGUGUGUGUGUGGAUACAGCCCGGAUUUAUUUCACCCGCAUAAGCUAAUUAUGCCAUCAUUAUUUAGAUUUCCUGAAAGUAAAAAAAAAAAAUUGCAAUAGUUUCAGAAGUCCAAAAGACAUUUUGAACCCCAAAGAGAAGAUGAGAGCACUUUGACAGUAUUCACUGCUUCCUCGGAAAAUUGUGAUGCCACACGUGGCAAAUCAAAUACAUCGUUCUUCCGCACACAAAUCAAACAGACCCCUCACAGCAUCCCCAAAGAAUUGUGUAUUUCACGCGAUGGAGCGACAAAAAGCACGUUUUUUCCAGCUGAAUUUCAAGCGACCCCUCACUAAAGAGUACAAUGAGAGGACUAUUGUGCUGCACUUUCCUAGUCACCUCAUGCAAGGAGGGAAUGUUUCCUCCUUCCUCCUUCCUUUUGAUUACCUGUUGUGAUUUAGCGGAACUCUCUUGACAUCAUUCCAAUCCAGUGAACAUGACUCAGCCCAUGUGACGUCUUCUGAGUUUUGGUUGAGCAUAUAGACUGUAUGCCCACAUACACGUUCGUAAUAGAAUACUUUGGUUUUAAUCUUUUUUUUUGUUCAAAUAUUGAGACAGCUCUGCAGCUGGUUGCUGAUCUGUCCACAUUACCUUAAAGGUACAGUUGUGUAAGGUGCAACCGCCAGAGAAGGGAGGUCAAUAUGGCAUCACACAGUGAUGACACCUCUCUUCCUCUGUGUGUGUGUGUGUGUGUGUGUGUGUGUGUGUGUGUGUGUGUGUGUGUGUGUGUGUGUGUGUGUGUCCACAUGCGUGUAUUUAAUUGAUCACAUAAUCGCACAAUCUCCUCUUGCACCCAGCCUUGUUGUGCUGACCUUGCAACUGUUUGUAACAGUGUAUUUAUUACCUUGUACAUGAUAAUAAUGAUGAUGUUGACUGAUGAUAUUCAUUGUACAUUUGCUAUUAUUUAUGUAUGCAACCACCUGUUCAUCAAAAUACUGACUGAAUUUGUCUGGAUGGUUCUGAUUUAUUCUUUUUAGCAGUGCAUUUUGAUAGGGCCACAACAUGAAGUUAUUCGACUGACUUUUCUCGGCGUUCUGGUGAACACAAGCGUUGGAAAUUCACAAAAUACAUUUAGUUUUAAAGUACAAAAAAAAAAUGUUUUGUACAUAAGUCCUAACACCCAACAUCUCACAUGAGGUGCUUGGCAGAGAGAAUUGUUCUUUUUUUUUUCUUUUGUUUCACGGACUUUAUGAAGGCUGGAUUGUUACUGCAGUAUAUUGUGUACGGUGACGGGUCAUUGUACAGUUUUAAGUAUAUUUGCUGAAGUAUAUCACGUUGUUUUCAGUGGUUUUUCCUCACACAAUGUAUGAUAUGAUGAUGUAUUGUGCUCAUCAGUUGUUUUCUAUCCGAUCAUUAAAAUGGGCAUGGACUA